AUGUCUCGUUCAGUGCGUGCUGAAACUAGGAACCGUGUCAAAGAUGACAUCAAAAGAGUCAUGCAAGCUGUUGAAAAAGUUCGCCAUUGGGAGAAAAAAUGGGUAACAAUUGGAGAGACAACUAUGAAAAUAUAUAAAUGGGUUCCAAUAUCUACAAACGAACAGAAAAAGAAACAUGCGGCAAAGCGAGAAAAUAAAGAAAACACAUUAACACCGAAGAAAAUGCACGACUCCUCAAAUUCUAACUUUGGUAUGGCAGAAGACUCAAACACCUGUUUCUCCACAGUAAGUGACUCCCAAGGCCCUACAGAAUUUACCUCCACUCACAUGAACUUUUCUGAAGACUCCAACUCACAAAGCAGUGGUACAACAACUCCUGCAAAAAGGUUAAAAACAGAU